GACGUUGUUAGUAACUACCAACAUGGCCAAUAUCUUUUUUGUCGGUAGUACUGGCCAUAUUGGCGGUGCUGUGUUGGACCAGCUUGUCCACAAGCAUACGAACGCAAGAGUGAAAGUCUUGGUCCGAGACGAGGCCAAGGCCGCACGUCUAACCAAGGUCUACCCACAGAUUGAGACUGUAGCCGACAUCGUCAUCAACACGGCACCGGAUAUCACCCACGACGAGGGAAUCAAUGCAAUUCUCACCGGCCUGAAAGCGCGUGGGGCAUUCAGUGGCACCAAGCCUUACUACAUUCACACUUCCGGAGCUUCUCUCAUCUGGGACGAGCCCGCUGGCUCCAAGGACGCUCGACGAUGGGACGAUAUCGCCGACAUUGGGGACAUUUGCGCUUUCAAGGGCGAAGCUCACACGCAUGCGGUCACCGAUCAGAUCGUGCGUGAUGCAGCUACACAAGUUAAUGUGGCCAUCGUAUCGCCUGGGUUCGUUGGUGGCUUGAGUCCCUCCAUUGAGCACCCGACCCCGAUCACGACGCCCGCCCUCCUGCUUACUGCCCGUGCUUUCAAGUCGGGCUGGCAGAUCGCCGAGGGAGAAAAUUCCCACGCCUGGAUUCACGUCUCGGAUCUCGCAAAAAUGUAUUUGAUACUCGUCGGAAAGGCUCUUGACGGCGCCUCUGAGUCUGAACCCUUCCCUAUCUGGGGACCAGAGGCUUACUACUUUGGCACGGGCGAGGAUAUCUCGUUCGGAGAGUUCAUGAAGAGUCUUUCCCCUGUUCUUAAGGAUCAGGAGAUCAUUGAGAGCACUGAGAUCAAGUCAGUCAGCGUGGCUGAGGCAGCGAGGGCCAGCAUUGCCGGCAGCGACUACGACCCUGAUGCUCCGCCGCCGCCGCCCGACACUUGGGCUAUGCAUAUUGCCAUCAUGUACGGCAUCAACAUGCGUAUUGAGGCGUCUAGAAUGGCGAAGCUUGGGUGGAAAGCAGAGAAGGGAUCUAUCAUGGAAAGCUUCCCGCAAAUAGUGGCUGGGUUGCUUGCGCGGGAGUAG